GCUCCCUCCCGGGCCAGUGUGACUUUGAAGGCGGAGUCUGCGGCUACACUCAGGAUAAGAGAGAAGACCAAGCUGACUGGCUGCGAGUCCGAGGACACACCCCUACCUCCUAUACAGGACCCCGAGGAGACCACACCACUGGGGUGGGCUACUUCAUGUACAUCGAGGCGUCGCUCAUGCGUCCAGGUCACAAGGCCCGACUGCUGACCUCUGACCUGCGGGGCUCCUCGUCCCCUCAGUGCCUGGUCUUCUACCACCACAUGUACGGCUCCGGCACCGGCAUACUGAGCGUGGUCCUGCGCCACGGAGCGCGUGACUCGUUGCUGUGGCGACGGCGCGGCGAGCAGAGUGUCAGCUGGACGAGGGCGAUGGUGGACUACCACUGCGACGUCCGCCAUCAGAUUAUAUUUGAAGCCAUCCGGGGCCCGACACUGCGGAGUGAUAUCGCCAUUGAUGACGUCGGUUUUAAAAGGGGACCGUGUGAAGAUCCCGGCGACGUCACUCCGUACUCCGGCUUCUCCGAGUAUUUCAAUGAGAUUGAGGAAUGAGACGUCUUUCUGUACAAACGUCUCGUCGUUCUUCGGAACGGCAAAUGUGAACAACCCGCCGAGACGAUUUACAAAGUUGUAGAGCAAUGCUUAUGUUGCAGCCAGGACCUCCCCCCCACUGUGCUGCUGUCUUUCAUUCACAUCCCCAGUCCAGUCAUCGUAGGUUGGUUUUGCUUUUAUUCUCAUCGGUCACAGUUCAAGACAAUGGAACUGGAUGAUGGUCACGAUUCCUCCCCGGGACAACAUUAUUAAAUGAAAUCUGACAUCAGUCGCCCCUCACACUCAGGACUCAAAUACACCACCACAAACCAGUGCUCAGGCCGGUGGACACUGUGCACAAAGAAAGUUAGCAAAUAUUUGCCCAAUACACCACAGGGCAGGUACAGGUGUGAUCUGGCUCUACAGAGGUGAACCAACACAUGAAUUACGUUAAUGAGCUUCAAAAACAGACCUGACACGUCACUUUCUUUGGUCUUUUCAUUGAGUUAUCACACAUAGAAAGACUCAGCAACACGAAACACUGAUGCUUCAUCGGCGUAGACAAAGUGAAUAACAAGGUUCAGUCAUUUCCCUAAACAGCUGGUCGCUGUAGUUUUUAUCAAGCACUCCUCAAACAGGAGGAAACUGUGUACAUGUAGAUACAUUCAUUGUUGGUUUAGAUAUUUGAAUGAGAUUUUUUGAACCUUUUCCUCUACGUUACCAUGAUUUACAUUCAGGAUGUUUUUGAAAAUUGGAUGUUAAAUAGUUGAUUCCAUCCCAGAGAGGUGGUUCAGCCUAACUGGCUUUUAAGACUCAGGAUUGGAAAGAAGAAGAAGGGGUGGAACAAAUAUUUGCACACUUUGGUGCGUAGUGCCACUGGGGCUCGACUGCUGCCGUGUGGUUGGUGUGGGAGCAAAACAAUGACAACAUUAAUGCCGAGACAAAACGUCACGGGACAUUCGCUGACUCAUUCUCCUCCGGGAGGGAAACUAUCCCCAACUUUUAGUUUGGCCAGCAGGCGCAAUACACUUUAAAUAUCCUGUUAUUUGGGCUUCCACUGUUGCACUAUUGUUUGUGUACUUCUGUCCUGUGUGUAGUUGUUUGAAGUAUCCGAUGUUUGAAUUUACAACUGAGGUCCAAGAGAUGGUGAUGUCAGGAAAUGUGUGGUUUAUAAGGAACACUUCGCCGCUUCGCCAUGGACAGCUAACACCACGCUACUGUGCUGCUGUUUCUCACGUUUCUCAUCUCAAAGUAUAACUUUAUCAUAUUUCUCACAAGAAUUGUAUUACGUUAGUUCCACUGUGACAAAGGACACAAGUCCAGCUUCAGUCUGAAGCCACAAUCAGAUAUUGUGACGUUUGUUUUUGUGCAUCAGUGUCUUCUCAAGGCAUGGAUUCAGUGAGGUGCUGGAAACCUUCCCAAGAGAUUUGAUCUGUGCCGACUCAUUACCUCCUGCAGACCUUUCAGCCGUUCAUGCUACUAAUCUCUAAGUAUUCCAAGGUGCUUCUGUGCACCACUGUUGAGCUGUUAGCCUGUUAACCAGACUGGGGGUGGGGGGGGGGGUGUGGAACCUGCAGGGUAUUUCCUGUGAGCGUCUCUACUGACCACUAGACUCUUUAUUUCUUGUAUAUCUCACCAUUCUAUUAACCUGUGACACUAUAGUGCAUGAAUCCUUCACGAGAUGAAAUCCUCAUGUUCGAUCUGACUUUGCCCCUUAACAAAUACGAUGAACUGAAAACACACUGAGAAAGGGUUCAAGUAUUAAGAUGAAAACACGGACAAC